AUUGAUCAGGGUUCUGGUGAUAUACGCGUCAGCUCAUAUCUUGAUUAUGACGUUGCACCACAAAGUUAUAAACUUGUUAUCAAAGUGUCAGACAAACCAGGAACAGGGUCAACUACAUAUUCAUCAACGAUGACCUUGACUGUGAAUCUUGAUGAUGUAAAUGACAAUAGUCCAGUAUUCUCCAAGAAUGCUUAUUCAAUAAAUAUUGAUGAAUCAAUUUCAACAGGAACAUCUGUCAUCUCAGUUUCAGCAACAGAUAAUGAUUCUUCUAGCAAUGGACAGAUACGAUACACAAUCGUAGGUGGCGAUGGAGUGGGUAUAUUCUCUCUUGCGACUAUAACUGGUGAAAUAACCUCUAUUGCACUUCUUGACUUUGAAACCAAACAAUCAUACACAAUGCUGAUCAAGGCUAAAGAUUUAGGAACUCCUUCAAAGUCUUCAUUGUCGAUUUUACAGAUAAAUGUAAAUGACGUAAAUGACAAUAUGCCUACUUUCCAACCAACCAACUACUUGGUUGCUGUAGACGAAAACCAACCAGCUGGAAUAUUCAUAGCUACAGUUGGAGCAAGUGAUUCAGAUACUGGUGCAAAUGCCGCCAUGGCAUUUGUCAUAAAUGCUGAAACCGACCCAUAUAGGCACUUUACGAUUGGUUCAACAAGUGGAGUUAUACAAACUACAACUUUGUUAGAUAGAGAAAC